AUGAUAUUAUAUUUUAUUUUUAUUCUUAUUCUAUCUGGUUCAUGGUGUAGAGAUAUAAAAAAAAUAAUUGUACCAAAAGGUGAAUCAUUUUCAUUUGAUUGUCAACAAGAUGAAUCUGUUUAUUUUGGUCGAAAAUUACAUGAAUGGUCAGAAAUACAAAAUAAUGAUAAUAGAUAUUCAUCAUUAAAUUUGAAUUUAAAUUAUAUAAAUGAAGAAAAUGUUUUACGUAUUACAUCGAAUUCUGCUGAUUCACAAAAUAUUGGAUAUUAUGGUUGUGGUAACGAAAAUUCAGGAAGAAAAAUGAUGAAUCGUGUUUAUCAAUUAAUUUUAGCUGAUGUUGAUUUAUUCUAUUGGAGUUAUAUAUGUCAUGGUCAACCUGGUUCAUGUUUAACUUUUAAUGAUCUAUUAGAUGAAACUCAAAGUACAUUUCAAGUUGCUGAUCAAACUAAUGUUGAUUUAUAUUGUUGUGCAUCUGUUAUGGGUUAUGAUCAUAUAGAUAUUAAAAUGAAUCCAGUAGGAGAAAGUCGUGAUGGAAUUAAAAUAAAACGAAAACAAGAACUUGAUGGAUCAUGGGUUGUUUGUGCUACUCAACAUACGUUUUUUAAACGAAUAUCUUCUAGAUAUACUGAAAAAUUAACAUGUGAAUUAAUAAUUGCUAAUCGAAUAUAUUCAUCAUUAAUAACUACUAUUGAAAUGAAAGAUGCUAUGCCAGUUAAUCCUGAUUUUGAUUCAUCUAAUAGUUCUCCAUCACCUCCAAAACAUGAUGGAGAUGAUGAUGAUGAAUAUUUUACUGAUGGAAAAUCAUCGAAUGGUAGUAGACGAGGAAAAUUAACGACCGGAAAACAAAUUGGUAUUAUUAUUGGUUCUGUUAUUGGCAGUCUUUUCUUUUUUGGAUUAUUGUUUUUUUUAAUUUUUUUUCUUUGUCAUAAAAAUAAAGCUUUAAAAAAUUCUCAAAUAAAUAAAUCCAAUGAAUAUUCAAUAGUUCGUACACAUGAAAAAUCAAAUAAAAAAGAAAAACAAAAUUCAAAAGAAGAAGAAUCUAUUUAUAUCGAACCAACACCAUUAUAUGAAAAUACACCUAUCUUUCUACGACUCUAA